CUUUUUUAUCUCUAUGUACCGGUUGACUCGAUUCGUAGCCCUCAAGUUUCCCAAUCUAACGACGGACGCUGGCAAGACGAGGUCAAUUCGGGCUCGGUCAGAACCAUGGCUGGUGUUGCAGACAAGGCGCGGUUCUAUCUUGAACGCUCUGUCCCCCAACUACGAGAAUGGGAAGAGAAAGAAAUAUUUUCAAAGGAUGAAAUCCGCUCCAUAGUCCAACGGCGCAGUGAUUUCGAGCACAGAGUCCUAGCACCUGGCGCCAACCCAUCGGAAUUUUCCGCCUACGCCGCUUGGGAGAUCAACCUCGACGCCCUGCGGGCCAAGCGCUGCGAGCGUCUCAAGAUCCGGCAUGUGGCCUCCCAGCACGCGACCCAAGCGCGCGUGCUGGCCAUCUACGAGCGAGCCGUCGGCAAGCGGCCCGCCUGCAAGGAGCUCUGGCUCGAGUACCUCGAGUACACGGCCAAGAUCAAGGCCACGAAGCGCUGGAGGAAAACCAUGACCCGCGCGCUGCGGCUGAUGCCCCGCGACGCCGACCUCUGGGUCCUCGCCGGCCAGAAAGCGGCGGACAACGGCGACAUGACCUCGGCGAGGGCGUACUUCAUGCGCGGAUGCCGGUUCUGCACGGCGGACGAGGUCUUGUGGAUCGAGUACGCGCGGUGCGAGAUGCAGUGGCUCGACAAGCUGGAGCGGAAGAAGAGGAAAGACGGCAAGAAGGGAGGACAGAAUGGACAGAAUGGACAGAAGCCCGCGGCGUUGGCGGCCGAGCAGGUGGAUGAAAGUGACGAGAUCCAGUUCAACUAUGACGAAGACGAGGCGGACGAGGACGGGCUUAUCCUCCCGGAAUCCACGGUCGGGAAGGAGGCGGCGCCGCCGGUAUUCGACAAGAAGACGGAAGACGCUCUCGAAAACAACCCGGCCAUGGACGGCGCCAUACCACGUGCCAUUUUCGAUGUUGCGAGGAAACAGCCUUUCUACAGCGACAGGGUGGCCGAGCGGUUCUUCGAUCUCUUCGCCGCUUUCACGGCCGUGUCUGUCCAGAAUAAGAUGCUGCAGCAUGUCUUCGACGCGAUGGUGCAGGAGUACGAGGCGUCCCCGGCGACGUGGUCCUGUUACAUCCGGAUGCCCCUUGUUGGCGUCAGCCCGUUUUCGGCCGCCUUCCCCCGGGGGUUACGCGAGGCUCUUUCACGGUUGUCGAAGGGCUUGGAGUCGACGGCGGACCCGGCGGCGUUGCGGCAGAAUACAGUGGCAUGGAUAGAUCCCGUUCUCGCGCUGGCGGAUCUCGACGAGGGUAUCAGGGUGGUGUUGGAGCAUACGAAAGGGAAAUUACAAGCAUAGCGAAAAUACAGUCACGGUUCCGGUCAGGGACGCGC